AUGUCGAGCAAAGCGGCAUUGAAAGCUGUUCGCGCAGCUUUGGAGUCAAAGGAUUUCCAAGAUGCUGCUGAAAAAGCAAAAGCGCUGACCAGACAAGAGCCCCAAAACUACCAUGCACAUGUCUUUCUUGGACUCGCAUGCGAGAAGUUAAACGAUCACGAAGAGUCAGAAAACGCAUAUAUCGCUGCAACUCGCAUUAAGGGUGAUGAUAAGACUGCUUGGCAAGGAUUGCUGUCCCUAUACGACAAACAAGGUGGGAGCAGGCUGGAUUCUUAUCACCAGGUGGUCAUUCAGCUGGGAAUUAUUCUCGCCAACAAUGACGAGCGGGAGCGCUGCCAGGACCUGGUCAAUAAAUACACCAAGUUGACAAAUAGCCAUGGAUCUAAAGCCCAGCGCAAGGCUUCAUUGAUGCUGCAAUUGCCUAAUUCGCCGCUAUACGACUUCCUCGAGGGCAGACUGCCUCAUCCGUCACACACAUACUUGCGCCUGAUUGAAUUGACGGAAAGCGAAGAGAGGGAAUUCAUCAAUCAUCAGAUUGGAGAGCGGAGAACUCGCCUCGGUGCCCGCAUUGACAGGGUCACCCAAGAGGUCAAACGUGAAGCCUUCGAACAGAGCGGCUUGGACCAGCUUUAUCGAGGAAUAAUUGAUUGGACGAAUGAUGAUGAACAACGACGUCAGUACGAAGAAAAACUUUUCCACCGCAUAUAUGAGGAUCUUUGUGUUUCACCGGCAGAGCAAAAGGAAGAAAAGAAGGAGAUCGUGUUCAAGGCCGCCCGGGAUAUGGUGAUCAUCAAGCAUCCAUUUGAGCCUGCCUGGAAGGUCUUUUUGACAUGGCAAGACGUCAAGAACUUCUCUGAUUAUGAUGUCGGACAUUUGCGGGAAUAUAUUGAAUUCUUCCCAGAAUCCGGAAUCUCAAAAAUCCUCAAAGGAUUCCUAUCUAGUGAAUUGUCACCAUUCCCCAAUGACCCUGAAGCGGAAGCCUCAGGUGACAAGGGGGGAAAACAGGAUCCAGCCCUCCAGCCUGAAAUUGAGCAUGAGCAGAACGACGUCAAAGUCGAUAAGCAGACAGCUGCCCAAGAUCGUCUCAUUCUGAUGGUCGAAGGAUUGGAGUCUGCCGGAAACUCCAUUAUUGCCAGCCGUGUCAUGGCAGACCUCUACCUUCACCUCGAAGAAUAUGAAAGUGUGGUCAAUGUUGCACGCAAAGGUCUAGGGAACAUCAAGGAACUGACCAAGCUCUGUGGUGUUCAAAUUCCAAACACAUCUGACGCAUUGAACAUCGCGCUUGCAAAUGCGUUGAUCUAUCACCAAGCGCCUCGGCAUCACCCGGAGGCCAAAAUUAUUUUCGGAAAGAUCCUCGAGAGGUUCCCGCUGUCGUGUACUUGUUUACUUGGUGUUGGUUUGAUUUUGAAGGAAGAUCAGGACUAUGCCCAAGCCGUCGAUUUCUUGCGUCGUGCCCUUGAACGUGAUACCCAAAACCUCACAAUCCGUGGGGAGCUUGCUUGGUGCGAGGCAUUGAAUGGUGAUCUCCAAGCUGGACUCGAUAGACUCCAAGGUGUAUUGGAAGACUCAAAGGAGAUCCAACCCGACAACAGAGAAUUUGCAUCAGAGAUCCUCUACCGUAUUGGCUAUUGUCAAUGGGAGAUUGAUCCGUCCCCAGCUGCGAGAAAAGACCGCAAAGGUGCUUAUAAUAGCCUCUUUGCGUCCAUUCAAGCAAACAUGAACUUUGCACCCGCCUAUACUAUUCUUGGCUUCUACUUUGCCGACUACAAAAAGGACAAAACGAGAGCCCGCCGAUGUUUCCACAAGGCGUUUGAACUGUCAACUUCAGAGAUCGAAGCUGCUGAGCGCCUCGCGAAGGGAUUCGCCGAUUCUCAAGAAUGGGACCUUGUCGAAGCAGUUGCACAGCGAGUCAUUGAAUCCGGUAAAGCUAAGCCUUCCCCUGGAUCCAAGCGCCGAGGGUUCAGCUGGCCAUAUGCUGCACUGGGCACUGUGCAAAUCAAUAAGCAACAGUACAGCAAGAGCAUUGUUUCGUUCCAAGCUGCACUUCGUCUGGCUCCGCAUGAUUAUCAUUCUUGGGUCGGUCUUGCAGAAAGCUAUCACCAUUCUGGAAGAUAUGUUGCUGCCACUAAGGCCUUCGAGUAUGCGAAGACAUUGGAAUCAGAUCUCUCGGAAAAAGAAAAAGAGAAUGUGUGGUUCUCAAGAUACAUGCUGGCAAACGUCCGCCGAGAGCUUGGCGAGUACGAUGAGGCAAUUGCCAGCUAUGACGAUGUCUUGAAUUCCAGACCCGGCGACAUUGGAGUGUCAAUUGCAUUGCUUCAAACCUUGACUGAGAGUUCAGCGAAGAGCCUCGGCCUGGGGUUGUUCAAUGAUUCAGCUGAACUGGCAUGCCGAGCCAUUAAGCUUGCCCAGUCGCUGGUGCAUGUCAAAAAUGAUAUCUUCAACCUGUGGAAGGCUGUCGGUGAUGCCUGCUCUCAUUUCUCACACAUGAAGAGCAAGCUUGUCAAGUUGUCUGCUUCAGACUGCAAGACUCUACUGGCGGUUGAUCUCGACCCCAUCGCUUUUGAUUUGAUGGCCGACAUCGAUGGCGUUGGGAAUGAUUGGCUUCAGGCCAGCGAAGACGAAGAAACUUCUUCAGUCGGCUUCAAUGUCUACGCAGCCAUUCUUGCAUACAAGCGUGCACUCCAUGUUUCAGUCCAAGACUCUCACGCUCAGGCGGUUGCUUGGUAUAAUCUUGGCUGGGCUGAAUUCCUCGCAUACCGUGAAGUGCAACCGGGGCUUGCUCAUAAGGAUAAGAAGUCUCGCAAAUUCUUGAAGGCAGCCAUGCAGUGUUUCAAGAGAGCGAUUGAGCUGGAAGCUGGCAAUGCCGAUUUCUGGAACUCGUUGGGUGUGGUCACUACUACCAUGAGCCCCAAGGUUGCGCAGCAUGCCUUUGUGAGAAGUUUACACCUGAACGAUCGCAAUGCAUCUGUCUGGACCAACCUUGGCGCGCUCUACCUCCUCCACAAUGACAUUCAACUUGCCAACGAUGCUUUCACACGAUCACAGUCAACCGACCCUGACUACGCAUUGGCCUGGGUUGGCCAAGGCUUGCUGGCGCUUCUUGUUGGCGAAACAAAGGAGGCCAAGGGAAUUUUCGAACAUGCCUUCGAGAUUUCAAACUCCUCUGAAAUUCUACCUAAGCGCCAAUUCACUCUCACCCUCUUUGAUCAUCUCCUUGUCAAUCCUUUGGCUUCAAAUGAGGUGUCCGAGCUCAUUCAGCCAUUCUUUGCCCUGCAUCAACUGUGCAGCCAGAACCCAUCUGACUUGCCAUUUGUACAUUUAUCUGCUCUUUUGGCUGAGAGGAUGGGAGAAAGUGCAGAUGCCGAGGCAAGCUUAGAGGCAGUUUGCGCAGGGAUGGAGGCUGAGUAUGAAGAGACCGAAUCCCCCGCAUCUCUCUCAAAGUAUGCGCAGGCGAAUGCCGAUAUGGCUAGAAUUCUGCUCGCUCGCCACGCCUACGAUGAAGCUGCGGAGAAGGCCGAACUCGCGCUCACACUCUCCGGCGAAGAAGACGCAGAGAAAUUCGACCCCCAAGCCUGCCGAAAGCUCCGCUUAUCUGCGCAUUUGACCGCUGGUCUCGCGUUCUACUACACCAAGUCAUGGGACCAAGCUAUUGAUAUGUUCCGCGAUGCCCUUCAAGAAGCAAACAACGCCCCGGAUGUGGUCUGUCUUCUGGCCCAGGUUCUCUGGGCCAAGGGCGGCGAGGAGGACCGAUCUGUUGCCCGCGAGCAAUUGUUCGCAUGUCUCGAGAAUAAUGAAAGCCAUGUUGGGGCAACCCUGCUUUUGGGUGCCAUUUCGAUUCUCGACAAGGACAGCGAGGCAGUUGAAGCAAUCGAGGCAGACCUCAACAGCAUCAUGCAACACGACGACAUCGACAUUCACGAGCGGGCCAAGCUGAUCAAACUUCGGACCACCAUCUCAGCAUUGGGAUUCAAUGCUCAUGCAAAUGUUCCCGAGGAUGCCAGACGGAUCGGCGAGGCCACUUCUGCAAUUAUGCUUUCUCCAGGCCUGCCUGCUGGGUGGCUGGAGCUGUCAAAUGCUUCGCAAGACCCCCAUGCUGCAGAAAUGGCCGUCACGCGCGCACGCCAGAACGUGCCUCCCCACAGCAACCUCGAUGCCACUGAACUUGGCCAGGCAUAUGCACAGAGUGGAAGGACUAGUGAUUCGCUUAGAGCAAUCAUGGUGUCUCCGUGGAUAAGCAAUGGUUGGGAGGAAUUGGACCAUCAUUUGUCUGCCCUCGCUGCAUAA